AUGGAGAAAAAAGAAGUAAACAAUAAAAGUUUUACUAAUAUUUUAAAAAAAAAAGAAAAUAAUGAAAUUCUUUAUUCAGAAUUUGUACAAAAUGAAAUUUUAGAAAAAUAUGAUAUUUUUUCUAAUGUAUAUACAUCGAGUGAUGACUUUAACUAUGUUGAUAGUGAAGAAGAUAUAUCAUCUAAAAAUUUAGAAAAUUCUAAUCAAAAAAAUAUUUUAAGUUUAGCUGUACAUAAUAUUAUAAACAUUUAUCCAAACAAUGAAAGAAACAGAGAGUUUAAAAAAUAUAAGGAAAGAAAAAUAGAGGAAAAAAGGCAAAAAGAGUUAGAUGAAGAAAGAGAAAUGAAUAAGAAAAAGAAAAAAAUAUAUGAAGAAAAGAGAAAAAAGAAAUUAGAAAAAUAUAAAAUCGAAAAAAGAAAAAAGAAGCUAAUUGAAAAAGAGAAAUAUAAUAAAGAAAACAUAGAAUAUAAUUAUUUAAUGGUUCAGAAUUACUUUGAAUUUUUAAUGAAAAAUGGAAAACAUAGAGAUAUUUAUUUUUCAUUUCAUGAUUUAUAUAUUUCACCAAUGAGGUUAUAUUAUUUUGCGAAUAUAAAUAUUGAUCAAAUUUAUUAUUUAGAUUUAUCAAGAAAAUGGUUACCAGAUAAUUAUGUUUCCAUUAUAUUAGAAUUAUGCUCAUGUAAAAAAAUAAAAAUUCUGAAUUUGUCAUAUAAUAAAUUAACAUACAACAGUCUAAAACAUUUUUCUAAUUUUCUAUCAGAAAACAAAACGUUAUUUAGUCUUAAUCUAGGAAAUAAUGAUUUAACAGAUAAUGGAAAGAAUUUUGAAGGAAUUAAUAAUAUUUUUGAAUCUAUUAAGAAUAACAAAACAUUAAAAAUUUUGAAUUUAGCCAAUACAAAUAUGAAUCAAAAUAACGGGGAUGUAUUGUGCCAGAUACUAAAAAUUAAUAAUACAUUAAUAGAAAUGAAUUUUGAGAACAAUAAUUUUAGUAUCAUUUAA